ACCAUGAAUAAUGUACUCCAUGGGGCUGUGGUUUGGUAGCAUGGCGUUGGUGUAAUUGGUUUGUGGUUGUGUUAGGAUUUGUCCUCUUAUGAAUUCAUAUUUUUUGUGUAGUGGAACAUUUAUGUCGGGUGAAAAACUUUAUAAAAAUGGCCUUGUACAUGAGCAAUAUAUGUCGCCUUUGUAUGGCUCGAAAGGACGUUUUAAUUCCUCUUUUCAGUAAUGACAACCGGGGUCAAACCCUGUCACUGCCAGAUAAAAUUAUGAAUUUUGUCCCUAUAAUAAAGCUUUUUGUUGGUGAUGGGUUACCAGCCCAAAUUUGUGAACCAUGUGUCCGUCUUGUGAACACUUCAUACAAGUUUAAGGUGCAGUGUGAAACAACGGAUACAGCAUUACGACAGUACCUGAGCACGCAUUCUCUUCAGGUAGCCACAAGGAAUUUGGAAAGCACAGAUGAAAUUCUUCAUUCUGUUUUCCGAACUGAUAGUAUUGAGGACUGCUGGAAGCUUGCAGCUGUGAAGGAUGAGGUAGUGGAAGUCUCAAUUGAAGAACCUGACACAGAUAUAGAAGAUGAUGAAGAUGAAAGAUUACAUGGAGAAACUGAUGUUCUCUCAGAACAUGAUGAUGUAUGGUCACACAUGCAACCAAUCAGUAAAACUGUUAAGAUGCAAAGGUCAGAUGAACAACAGGCUGGCCCUUCAGUAAAGAAGACAAGUCUUAAACCCAAGAAUUUACCAGAUUGUUUAAAUAGCACUAGUGACAGAAAGACAGAUGCAGAUGUAAAACUUCAGAUGGGUCUGGGAACAUCAUCAGUGACACAUCCUGAAGUUGGUGAUCCAGACUCUUGUGCCAGUGUGUGUUCUGCAGUGGAUAUGGUACAGCUUGAAAGAGAUGGAAAUUCUCUGAAAGUUGGAUCAAACACAAAGACGAAAGUAUAUAAGAAAAACAUUGUGUGUCCUGAAUGUGGAAAAACAUUUUCACAGAAACAUCAGCUAGCUUUACAUAUGACAUCACAUUCAGGGGAAAAACCAUAUGAUUGUACUGAAUGUGGGAAGAAAUUUGCAAGGAGAAGGCAGCUGACAGUGCAUAUGUUUACACAUACAGGUGAAAAGCCAUUUCUGUGUCCCAUCUGCGGUGAGAGUUUUGGUAGAAGUGACACACUUACUAAACAUAUGAGAUCUCACACAGGUGAAAAACCUUUCCAUUGUGCUGUGUGUGGCAACAACUUUGGACGCCGUAGUACACUGACGAAUCACAUGAGAGCACAUAUGGGUGAGAAGCCAUACCUUUGUACUGAAUGUGGUUGGAGAUUUGUUCAAAGUUAUGACCUCACAAAACAUAUGCGAUCUCAUACAGGGGAGAAGCCUUUUCAGUGUACAAUGUGCAGGAUGAGUUUUGGCCAGAGGAACAGUCUUACCAAGCACAUGAGGAGUCAUACUGGUGAGGCUUCAUUUUCUGUAGAGCUUGCUAAAGGAUUGCAAUAUACAAACUAUACUUCAUCAACAUUGAACUAGGUAAAUAUCUGGAUCUUAUGCUUCUCCAUGGGUGCUUCCUAAGACAUUCGGAUGUGCAAGUGCAAGGUUUAUGCCAAAAUUCUGCUCAAUAUUUACUAGCCUUAGGCUGAGACAGGUAAUGGUCAGUUAUAAAUCUGUUAUAACGAGAGUUCACUGUGUUCAUAAGAAAUGUUUUUUAAUGAAUACUCAUUGUAGAAAAUUUAAUUUCUGGAAUAUAAAAAAUUUCCCCCAAAAUCAGGCAGAGAAUAAUUAAAUUUAGUUCCAUAGGCUUUUGUACUGCAAUAAUUUUAAUUAAAUUUAUAUAUAUUCUGUAGUACUGAAAUAAUAUAUUUAUCUUACUGACACCUUAUACUUGAGUCACAAAAUUAAGACAUUUAUGUGACCUUAGUAACUGAAAAUUCAUGCUUAAAAUGUGUUGGGGUGAACUUUAGAACAAAUAUGAUGUCUGUGUUGUGACUAAUAUAGUAUUUUUAAUCGAGGUUGUGACAACAUCCAUGCAGUAUAUAGACAUAUGGGUUUCAGUUAUAAAUUAUGACUUAGCUAUUACAUUCCUGAAUGGCAUAGUUGUAACAUUUGAGUUGCUUUAUGCAACAGGACAGCAAAAUAAGUAUUUACCAGUCAAAAUAAUUCCGGCAGUGGUGUUAGUUUUACUGUUACCCAUGCACACUGAUUGUACUAUAUUAUUUUGGAUGAUAGUUUUCAGCACAGAGACUGUCAUACCAACCUCCCACCUGGUCCCCUUCUGUUAGAAACAUAGCUAAAUGAGACUGAUAAUAUCUCUGAUAUUUCUCUUCCUGCAAGUCGUAGGUAGUGGAGGAAUGGGAAAUCAAUCCAUUGCCUAAUAUCAUUUGGUUGUGGAAAGUAGCUAUCUCACAUUUAUUUGGUAGUGCAAAGAAUGAGUAACAUUGUAUUUGAGGGUUAGGCUGUGCCAAAUGUUCAUAGUUGUCCAUUGUUUCAACAUACACCCUGAAGGUGGCAACUGCAAUAUUUGCAGAAACAUUGAAUGGCUAUUGACAUUUGAUGCAGUCUAAGCCUGAAAACCAAAGUUACCCAUUGAACAGUUGCAAAAACAUAGGGACAAGAAUUAAACACAAAGAUUAAAACUGAAUUAGUAUUUUAAAAACAAACAAUGGGAGAUUUUGGGGCCAAAAAGAUUUUGUGUUAACUUACACAAUCUAUCUUGCAAUGCAUGUCAGAGAAGUCAGUUGUUAGACUUUUCUUAUUACCUCCUUCACUACUGUCUGGUCACUGCAGAGUUGCCUAAACAUUCUGAUUCUCUGUAAAGAAAUUGCUGCAUUACUUACACCAUUCCUACAUUUCUUGUCACAGUACAAAUGUGUAAACUUUUGGGCUCACUUUGCUUUGUAUUGUUCAUUUAUAACAGAAACAGAAUGAGACAUCCUUUUAAACAGGUUAUAUAUGGAGCUGAAUGUAAAUAUUUUAUGCAGUUCUUGCUGAUCAACAUGCAGGAAAAAUUACUUUGGUUGUCUCUAUCAUGUCACAGGGUUAUAAGAAUGUUUUGUUUCUCUGGUGGUGGUCAGAUUGACAAAAAAGAAUACAAUAUUGGACAUAUUUUCAGUUUUCACACAGGGUGAGUCCAUCUUAUUUCAGGACUUGGUGUGUUCAGUUGAGCCAAAGCUAACAAGAAAAGACACCAGUAAUAACUUCUACCUUUAAAGAUAUUACAGGAUGUGGAAUAUGUAACAGUAACAUAAUAACAUGUGUAUUUGUAAAUAAUAAAUAGUUUGUACAGUUCAUACAUACAUUCAUACAUCUUUAUUAUAUUCCAUGGAUCCAUAAGUCAGAUGACAAUAGGAUGUGGAAUAAUUCAUCAUAAUAAUACAAUAAAUAUUAUACAAGUACAAUUCAUACUAUUAUGUAGACUUCACAUAAUAUAAACAAAGGGCUCACAUAAGUAGGAAUAUGUUACAAAUAUAUAUAUAUUCAUUACAUACAGUAGGUAAAUUAUACUGCAUUUAUAUUAUAUGAAGAAAGUCUCAUGAUGUUAAGAAACAGAUGACUAUGAGAUAAAUGUAGAUUCUUUGAAGGUGAAGGCAGGCAUAUGAACUGUGUUUCUAUGUGUUGGGUGUUUACAGCAUGGAUAUGUGAUUACCCUUCAGUACUAAUAGUCAGCCAUGAAGUGGGUGAGAAGGCAGCACCAGUUGUAGGAAUGCACACGAUGCUCAGAAUUUUGUCCAUUAAGUGAGAGAACCUAUUCCCUUGUCUUGUCUGUCAUCUCUUUCAUGUCUGGGAGUAAGUUUAGCUUGCUUAGGAUUGUCUUUCUUCAGUUGUUGAUUAAAUGGAUUAUUCAAAGAAGUAAUUCACCUGUCUUUUCCACAUCCUUAGCACGUGUUUCCCAUGGUGGAGAUAUAUUUUUCUCUUGCUUUUCUCAUGUAAAUUACAAUCUUACAAGCACAAAUGAUUUUAUUACUGCAUUUAUAAGCUUCAGAUUGUAUGCAACACUUAUUUUGCCCAUUAAUCUCAGAAAAAUAAGUUUCUGAACAAUAAUUUCACAUGACUCUAUGUAUGACCUCCAAUUUAAAACAGUAGCUUUUUCUAUGAAAUCAUAAUUUCCAGUAUGAAAUCAAUUUUAAGCAGCUGGUUUUCUCUGUAUGUGACCUGCCUUCGACAGUUUAAUGAAUAGUUAGUUGGCAACUAUAUUAAGUAAUUAAAAUUUUAACUUUGUACUGACCACUGUACUGUGUUACCAGUAGGAUAUGGCUGACUCUGAAUAGCAGUAGCAAUUAAAUCAUGUUGCCAAAUGCAGUUUUACAUGAUUAAUGAAAACAGACUCAUUUUGCAAAAAUAAUUGACAUAGUGACUAUGCCACACUGACAUACAGGUGAUCAGAAAUGCUCACAUACUGCAAAUAAUGUAGUACUGUCAUUACAACUGAAAAGUAUUCCUAUAUGUGGCAUUAUGAUACUGGCUGUGCAUAAAAAUGCUAAUAAAGAUGAACUCAUUAUUGGUUAUACUCAUUA